AUGAUUGCAAUGGCGAAGGAAUUAAAAAAUCCCGUUCCAAACGCAACCGUAGACGACACAUUGGAAAUUUUGAAACUUUUGAGUGGUUACAUCGAUCUCAACACCUACUCCGGCGAAAAUUUCGAAGAUUUGGAUAAACUUUUGGCGUACAACAAAUUAAAAAUAGACCAAAUUGUUCCAAAAUUGAUGCCCGUGUGCGGUGAAAUGAUCCAAAGAUGUUACUGGCUUGGCACUGAAGUCCGUUGUGAUGCCUUUUUCGAGCAAACGGUCACUUUUUUGGGGGCUUGUUGCUCCUUCAACUACGUCGGUGCCAAAAGUAACCACACUACCUCAAGAAAAUUCGAAGCAUCUUCAAUUUUGAAUCAAGCGAAGGUCGUAACAACCAGCGGAACACUUGCUGGACUCAUUGUUGUCUUAAAUCCCUUGUUUGAUGAUUAUUUUUACACGCGUUUUCGCGUAAAGGGAUUUCGUGUGAUCGUUCACGAUUCCUACGACUAUCCUGAAUUGAAUUCACCGACAGUUUUCGUCAAAGCAGAUGCCGUUUCCUAUGUGAAUGUCCUGCCAGAAGCUAUUUACAGCACCGAUGAAAUUUACGGAAAAGACGUCAUGAUAAGGGAAUGUUACGACGAAAACGAAAUCCGGUUGAAUGUCAUGAAACAUUACAGUUUCAUCAAUUGCAUGGUCGAGUGUCGCCGAUUAAUUGCUUAUAGCUUUUGUGGAUGCAUUCCAUAUAAUUAUCCGAGAAAUGGAACCUUGCCAACUUGCAAUGCUACACAAGUGAAAUGUGUGAUAAAACAUAAUGGUGAAAUAUUGAAUGCCAAUCCGAUUGUGAAGCAUCAGAUUGAUUUAAUGCCUGAAUUACCAAUCAGUUCGUCAUGUAAUUGCCUUCCGUCGUGCAAAUAUUAUCAAUAUGCCGCUCAAGUGACACACGGGAGGCUGAGGUUUAAUCAAUCAGUCAAAUCUCAAAAUUAUCUGUGA